UACAAAAUAAUAUUGCAAAAAGAGAAGGAAGAAUUAUUAAAUUGAAAAAAUGCCGGCGAUGUUGGUUGGGCCACCUCAACGCAAUGAGCAGAUGUGGCAGGCAUUGAAGAGACACAUUAUGAGAGAACGACAGCGAAAGAAGCAAGAACAAGAAGCUAAUGCAGAGGAGGAACGUUUACGUAAGGAAAGAGAGCGGCAGCAGAAACAGGAUGUGAUGACACUAGGGGAAACGCGAGAACAAAUCUCUACCUUGGAGAACGAGCUGGCCCAAUUAAAAGAUGAGAAACAUCAGUUGUUUUUACAAUUGAAAAAGGUUCUAAAUGAAGAUGACAGGAGACGACAACUUAUAAAGGAAACCAGCGUUUCUUCGGAAGUCUUGACAACAGUAGGAGGGUAUCCAACGACAGGUCCAAGAGUGGUGCAUCCUCAAUUGUUCUUGCCAAUAGCACGAAGCAGCAGUCCUCUUUACAAACUUGCAGUUGGUCCUCCAGCACACAUGUUGCCAGGCGGCACUUUAAAAAGAACCCACAGUCCAUCACCACCACCUACCGCAUCUCCAUAUCAUAGCGCAUAUGGAUACAAACCGCCACCAUCUGUUCCAAGUUACAACCCUCCACCUUCUAAAUCUGAGGAAGCUGCCAGACGAUCCAGCGAUUCUCGAGCAGUUCUUUGGAACAAAAAUAAUCAGUACUCCACAUCGAAUUUUUAUUCCACACCCACAGGGCAGAGUGUUUACAGCUAUUCCGCACCUGUGUCACAACCAUCUCGGGAAUCCUCGGAGUCGACUAAACCUGUUUAUCUUUCGGGAGGUAGAGCACCAUUAGCUACACAUCAGACUGCAUAUGUAACUAAUUUACAUUCGAUGGAGCACAAAGGAGCUUACGGCGAAGACAAAUUUUACCUACGACCGACGAAUCACGUUACCGUCCAUGGUGGAGCCAUUCCGAUUCAACAACCACCUCAGGGUGCAAAAACGGGUGGAAUUACUUCGGGUUAUCCUGUACGAACACCUCAACCACCUCCUGGUCCAUAUCCGCCACCACCACCACCGUCUCCUGGUACUUAUGUCAGCGGUGCAGCUGCCAACGUACCUGGUAGACUAUUAUACACGCAACCUGGAGCUCGCUAUCUUCAACGAGAAAUAUAAGACUUAAUCAGUGAA